AUGGGUUUGCUGAAGGGCCUGCUCCGGGCCAGGAAGCUGCUGCUGUCCAUCCUGGUGCCGAUCCUGCUUCUGCCUCUGCCCACGCUCCACCCCAGCAGCGAGGCUGCGUGUGCGUACGUGCUGAUCGUGACGGCCGUGUACUGGGUGUCCGAGGCCGUGCCCCUCGGCGCUGCAGCCCUGGUGCCCGCCUUCCUCUACCCAUUCUUCGGAGUCCUGCGAUCCAGCGAGGUGGCAGCGGAGUACUUCAAGAACACCACGCUGCUGCUGGUGGGCGUCAUCUGCGUGGCAGCCGCCGUGGAGAAGUGGAACCUGCACAAGCGCAUUGCUCUGCGCAUGGUCAUGAUGGCCGGAGCCAAGCCGGGCAUGCUGCUGCUGUGCUUCAUGAGCUGCACCACGCUGCUGUCCAUGUGGCUCUCCAACACGUCCACCACCGCCAUGGUGAUGCCCAUCGUGGAGGCCGUGCUGCAGGAGCUGGUCAGCGCCGACGAGGAGCAGCUCGUGGCCAGCGGCUCCAGCACCGAAGAGGCCGAGCCCACCAGUCUUGAUAUAAACAAUAGCCAACCCUCUCUGGAGCUCAUUUUUGUCAAUGAAGGCACCUCGACUACCGACUUCAUUUCUCUGAUGCAGAACAAGAACCUGAAUGGUGCUCCCACAAUCACCAACCCCAUUAAAACAGCAAACCACCAAGACAAGCAGCACCCAUCCCAGGAAAAGCCACCAGGUCUGACGCCCAGCCCGAGGAACCAGGAGCCCAACAGGAAGUACAAGUCCCAACACGACCAAAUGAUCUGCAAGUGCCUGUCUCUGAGCAUAUCUUACGCCGCUACCAUUGGGGGCCUGACCACCAUCAUUGGCACCUCCACCAGCCUCAUUUUCUUGGAACACUUCAACAACCAGUAUCCAGCCGCAGAGGUGGUCAACUUUGGCACCUGGUUCCUCUUCAGCUUCCCCAUCUCCCUCAUCAUGCUGGUGGUCAGCUGGUUCUGGAUGCACUGGCUGUUCCUGGGCUGCAAUUUUAAAGAGACCUGCUCUCUGAGCAAGAAGAAUAAGACCAAAAGGGAAGAAGUUUCAGAGAAGAGGAUCCGAGAGGAGUAUGAAAAGCUGGGAGCCAUCAGCUACCCCGAAAUGGUGACCGGUUUCUUCUUCAUCCUGAUGACCGUGCUGUGGUUCACCCGGGAGCCUGGCUUCGUUCCCGGCUGGGAUUCUUUCUUUGAAAAGAAAGGCUACCGCACCGACGCCACGGUCUCCGUCUUCCUCGGCUUCCUCCUCUUCCUCAUUCCCGCGAAGAAGCCUUGCUUUGGGAAACAGGACGGGGACGACCGGGAGCCCUCGCUGAGGAUGGAGCCCAUCAUCACGUGGAAGGACUUCCAGAAGACCAUGCCCUGGGAGAUCGUCAUUCUGGUGGGCGGAGGCUACGCUCUGGCGUCUGGCAGCAAGAGCUCUGGCCUCUCCACAUGGAUUGGGCACCAGAUGUUGUCCCUGAGCAGCCUCCCACCGUGGGCUGUCACCCUGCUGGCAUGCAUCCUGGUGUCCAUCGUCACAGAGUUUGUGAGCAACCCAGCCACCAUCACCAUCUUCCUGCCCAUCCUGUGCAGCCUGUCCGAAACACUGCACAUUAAUCCACUCUACACCCUGAUCCCAGUCACCAUGUGCAUCUCCUUCGCAGUGAUGCUGCCUGUGGGCAACCCCCCCAACGCCAUCGUCUUCAGCUACGGACACUGCCAGAUCAAAGACAUGGUGAAAGCUGGCCUGGGGGUCAAUGUCAUCGGCCUGGUGAUAGUGAUGGUGGCUAUCAAUACAUGGGGAGUCAGCCUCUUCGACCUGGACACUUUUCCAGUCUGGGCUAAGGUCAGUAACAUCACUGAUCGGGCCUAACACAAGUGCCCACAGGAGGUGCCAGCACCCAACAGAAUCUGACCAUCAAACAGGCCAAGAAAAGCACCAGGAGCUCACAAGCCCACCAGAAGAGUCUGCCAUCUACCACCUCAAGUGCAGUGCACAACGCCUCCCACAGCCAAAGCUCAAGAAAACCUACCACUUUCUCCCUUCUUUGUAUCUAGUCUCUGCCAUCAGUCCUUCCAGAAGACGGCAGGAGAAACCCUGCCCCAGCUGCCGCUCAGAGGCUAAGCCUCACACACUGACCAGCUCACUCGCUUGAUGUCAUUCUUAACUUCUUAGUCCCUUUUUAGGAGUGGAAGGAGAAAUCGAAAUCUCCUACCUGUGCAAAGAUAGUGAAACCAGUGACAUCUCUUUCAUAGGAAAAUCUCACCUAGAACCUGAGAGCUUACAUCAGCUCCUUUCUCUUAAGACUUUCUGUCCUAAGUUCUCUCCACAAAAAGGCAAUUCUUAGUAAGCCCUCUUUGUGGCAGUCAGAGCCCUUUUGUCACUGCUCUAAUUCCCUUUUAAGCAUCUCUCUUCAAUGGCUUCUCUUUACCUUGACACCAAAUUCCUAUAAAGAAACAGUGUACCCCUUUCAAAAAAGGCUGGUGCCGUUCUCUGUCGAAGGAAAAGGAAGCAGAGAAAGAAGACACUGCGAUCAGCAUCUCUCUCUUCGUUCAUUAUAAGCCAUCGGUACCACUGUGUUGGUUAAGUGCUGGGAGGGAGGAAACAUUUUCAUCCCUGUCUGACUAAGGAGGCCCAAACUAUCACUAAGACCACAGCACUCUUGAUGGUAUGUGACUGACUUUCUUCUGGAUGUAACGAGGAGUUCGCUCCUGAGGAGACUGGCUCAGAAAGGCCCAAACUCAUCAGUGACUUUCUGCAAGUAGAUGAGCCCUUUGAGGGGAGAGAUGUCUUAUGUCUCUGAAAGUCCCCAGCUACUUAUACAAUAUAGUAAACUGAAACUGCUCAAUAAAUGUUUCCCUUGAAAAAAUCACUCUGGAAAUCACAGCCUCCUUUUUCUUCCUGAAAAUCAUGCCACCUUCUCCAGGGCAGCUGUGGAUAACUGGAUAUCGCUCCCAAACCACCGGCUUCCUGGAAUAAUGUAUUUCUGAUUUCCACCACCAGUAACUUGCUAAAUACAUCUUAUGGGAAAGGAGUACCCCAUAGUUAUUGUUUUAAUUGAUUGUAAGUUCCUAUUAAUAGCAUGUGCCAUUUUCCCACAAUAAUUUAUCAGUGAAGUCACUCCCUUGGUUUAUCAAGUAUCUGUGAAUUGUCACAUUUCUUUCAUGCCAGUCAACACUUCAACACUUUCACACUCUGACCACAACAUAGGAUUGACCAGGUUUAACCAGGAACAUUUCCACUUCUGCCCCGUCAAUGAGCUUAGGUCAAAUUAUUUGGCCACUUACAAAAGUGGCCGACCUAAUGAGCCUAAAGAAAAUACCAGUAUUAGGUAACUACAGCUGGUUGGAUUGAGCCAGCACCUCAACAGUUAUUUUGCUUUCAAUAUUCAGAAGAGUCAGGGUGUUACUCCUACUACCAGGAGUGGUCAAAUGGGUGAGAUGUCAUGGAACUGAGACAUGAAGCCCCUAACUCAGAUAAUAAGACAAAGGCACAAAAAUCAAGAAGAUUCUGGGAGUAUAAAUAACUAAAAA